UAAUACUGUAUGACCACACUGGCGUGCAGGGGAUACGGGAAUAGGUUUCUUCCUUGCUCACCACUCCCCCCUGGUCACACAGGCUGCUGGGGAACAGUGCUGUCUAAGUUUUUGGCCCAGGGUCCGGUCCUGUACCUAGCCACUGAUGGAAGGAGAUACAAGUUAAAAUAGGAGAGAUUUUCCCUGUCCUCCAGAGAAAUCAUGAUCUUGUUUUCAAGACAAAGGAUAUUCACAAAUUACAGAGACCAGUACAAGACAAAGAGAUAUUAAAUGUUUUUAAGGGGGACAAGCUGGUGGUCCUCUUUAUCAGAAAGGCUUCAUGGAGGAGCGAGCAAGACCUGAGAUGGACAUUAAGACAAGAUGGCCAUCCAGGAAGAGAAAUUUGUGAGUAAAGAAGAAUACGAAGCUGUGGUAAAAAAGUUAGAGGAGGAAAAGGCAGCCCAUGCCCAGACCAAGGGCCUGUUGGCUAAAGAGACAGAGAAACUGCAGUUUGCUCUUGGAGAGGUGGAGGUGCUGUCCAAGCAACUGGAGAGAGAGAAGCAGGCUUUUGAAAAGGCGCUGUCCAGUGUCAAGAACAAAGUUCUGACAGAGUCCACCAAGAAGGACAAGCUUAUCACCAAGUGCAAUGAAAUUGAAUCUCACAUUAUAAAGCAAGAAGAUAUUCUUAAUGGGAAAGAAAAUGAAAUUAAGGAACUACAGAAUGUCAUCAGCCACCAGAAACAGAUCUUCAGGCAUCAGAUAUCGGACUUCCGGAUUCAGAAGCAGCAAGAGAAUUACAUGGCCCAAGUGCUGGACAGGAAGCAAAAGAAGGCAGGCGGGCUGCUCUCCAGCCGGGGCUUCAAGGGACUUGGAGACAAAUAAAUCUGCUUCCACUUA